CGCGUGGAAGGGCCCUCUGCUUCGAAGCUCUAGGGUUUCUUUCCCCUUCCUUUCCGCCUCCGUCUCCAAUUGCAGAAUCCGAGUCGCCUGUUCGUCGAUCUGCCCCGCGUUCGAUUUCUGUGAGCGGUUUCUGUACUUUUUUUUUUGUUUCUGUAGAUUCGCUUCCGUUGGCAACCGUUUAGGAUUCGGCCGGAACCGGCGAUGCCGAUCGACAAGUCUGCUGUUGUUUCUUCCGACCACUGCCGCCCAUCGUCUGCCAAGGAUCCGGAGAGCAGUGAGUCCGCCUCGAAUACCCUCUGGGUGGGGCAACUCUCCGCCGAAACCACCGAUUCGGAUCUGAUGUCCAUCUUCUCCAAGCAUGGCGCCUUGGAUUGCACCACCAUGCGCUCGGCGAGGAACUACACCUUCAUGUACUUCCGGCAAGACGAGGAAGCCAAGGCUGCAAAGGAAGCCCUCCAAGGGUACGUGAUCCACGGGAGCGCCAUCAGGAUCGAGUUUGCCAAACCGCCAAGAGCAGCUAAGCAGAUUUGGGUUGGUGGGUUUAGCUCAGCUAUAAGUAAGGAGCAACUUGAGGAAGAGUUUAUGCAGUUUGGUAAGAUUGAAGAGUACAGAUUUUUCAGGGAUCGAAAUUCAGCUAUUAUUGAAUAUUAUAAGUUAGAUGAUGCAAUUGCCGCUCACAAAAAUAUGAAUGGAAAGAAGUUUGCUGGUCAACAGCUACUUGUUGAUUUUCUACGGUCUCAACCUCCUAGAAGGGAGUGGCCUGACCGCCAGGAUUUGAGGAAUGGACACCUGGGCAACGUAAGAUCUUUGCCAUUCGAGAGAGUGAGAAAUUUUUAUAGUUCUUCCCUUGGGCCUAAGUGGGAUAUGCCUCAUGGAGUGCUCCAAGAUGGCCCUCCAAGCAAUGUUCUUUGCAUAAGAUAUCCACCUCCUGUUCAGAUUGAUGAGAAGAUGCUUCACAAUGCCAUGAUUCUUUUUGGCGAAAUUGAAAUGAUAAAAUCCUUUCCUUCUGGACACUAUUCUCUUGUGGUGUUCAGAAGUAUUGAUGAAGCUAGGCGUGCAAAAGAUGGUUUACAGGGUCGUCUGUUUAACGAUCCUAGGAUACAGAUACUCUAUUCCAACAGUGAACUUGCUCUACCGGGUCCUGGUCGUCUGAUUGCCCCGAAUAAUUUGCUUGACCUCCUGCAUGCCAAUAGGUCAUUUGGGCCACAAGGACCAAAUCUCCGUCAUGAACUUGGUAUUCUUCAUCCAAAUCUCCUUGAGGUUGAUGCUAGCAAAUCUAUACCUUGGACAUAUCGGCCCCCUUCAGCACUAGGAAUUCUUCCUUUUCCUCCAGGUUUGUUUCAAGAUAUCCGAUCCAUGCCUGAUGGAUGGGAUGGAGAUGAUGUGAGAAACCCGAAGAGGAUUAGGCUGGAUAGUCCUCCCAGCGAUGAUGAUUUUCGUCAAAGGAGGAUUAGCAGCACUAAGGAGGAGCAACUAUUUUUGUUACCUCGUCAAGAUAGAAGUGCUUCUAAUCAUAGUCAACUUGGUCCUCACUUACACUCUUCUGAUAAAGACUACAUUUGGCGUGGUGUUAUUGCUAAAGGAGGAACACAUGUUUGUUAUGCUCGCUGUGUACCAAUAGGAAAGGGCAUCGACUCUCCAAUGCCAAGUGUCGUCAACUGCUCGGCUAGAACUGGAUUAGAUAUGCUCACAAAACAUUGUGCUGAGGCAACCGAUUUUGAGGUCGUUUUCUUUUUACCUGACAGCGAAGAGGACUUUGCCUCUUACACAGAGUUCUUAAGGUACCUAGGCCUAAAAAAUCGAGCUGGGGUUGCAAAGCUUGAAGAUGGUACAACUCUAUUUUUGGUACCACCGUCGGAUUUAUUGACCAAGGUAUUGGGUGUGAAUGGUCCUGAACGCCUGUAUGGUGUUGUUCUAAACAUGCCCCAGCAGCCACCUGCUGCAGUUGUGCAACAAUCACAACAGAUUGAUCAGGAAGAACCUAAUUUCCAGAAAACUAACAAUUUUGUCCACCACAAUGAAGAUCAGACACUAAGAGGUGAUUAUUAUCAGUCUCUGCAUGAUGAAGUGGUACGACGUUCUGCUGUUGAAAAAUUCCCACUAGCUCAGGGAGAUGAGCAACACAUGGCGCGACCAGCUUCACUAAACCAAGAUAACAAUGUUGCUGUUGCAACGUCGCAGUUGAAGGCUACCUUAACUCCUGAUUUAAUAGCUACUUUAGCUUCUCUUAUACCCAGCAACAAUCAAUCAUCAGCUUCUGGUGCUGCUCAGUUGCCAUCCAACUUGAUUGUCAGACCUACUUCAUCCUAUACUUCUACUCCAUUUCAGAGUCAGAGACAAGAGAACCAAAUGGCUCUUUCUCUUAAUUCGAUGGAGCAACAGAAACAGUCACCACAUUUCGGACAAGAUUUCAAUAGCCAGGCACCUCCAGUCUCCCAAUUUCCACCAUUCACGACUAUCCAAAUUCAAAAUCCUACUCUUACCAUGCCACAAGCCCCUGCUGUUUCAACCAAUCUGUUGAAUAACUACGAAAUCUCACACCGGGGACAGUUUUCUGCCACCCAGAACAAUCAACUUUAUCAGUUCGACAACACUCACAGUAAUCAUGACAACUACGGAAGUUUAACUACAACAAACGUUGCUGAUUCAUUUUCUUCUUCGGUUCAGCAGCAACCGAGAAUUGGUUCAUUGUCUGCUCAUAGUUUAAUUGGAAAUAUGCCUCAGCACCAACCUGCUUUGUCAAUUUCGAAUGAAAAAGGGAAUCCGGAGCUUCCUAAUCAAGGGCAGCAGUUACAAAACAUAUUACCAAGUUCAACCCAGGGCACAUCCCAAGGUGAUGCUGACAAGAACCAGCGGUAUCAGUCAACCCUUCAGUUUGCUGCUAAUUUGCUUCUCCAAAUUCAACAGCAGCAGCAGGUAAAUGCUAGCGCACCAACAGGAUCUGGAACCCAUCAGUGAGACCGACUUCGGUAUCAGGUUGGUUGUGGCCCUUAUUGAGGAGGAAACAAAGUCAUUCGUUUGCGCGACUCAUUGAGUUUGUCAAGAGUACUUACGGGAUGCAAAUGCGAUCGCAAAAUGGAAAAAGGAGUGAGCUUGUUUGAAGGAAAUACAAGUGGUGUAUCUUCUCGUCUGUUAUUGAACUGGACUUGCUUCGUUUAGCUACUAUCGUGUUCGGGACAAACUACGGGGCUUGGUUUUCGAUUCGUCAUUGUCUAAUUCAUUAUAUCAUCAUUUUUGUUUCAAACCAAGUUAUGAACAGACUAGCUGGUUUUGCCUAACAAUCCAUCCAUGCCCCUAAGAUGUAGAUAGACAGUGAGUUUUUUGGCAUGGUUUACUUUGAUGGACUGGAGAGGAGGGGGCGUUGUGGAGGCAAUUUGUGGUUGUCACUUUGCGAUCCGCUUCUCUCAAGACCACAAUCUCACUAGAGUCCUCUAUUUUUGUUUUGUGAGCAAAAAUUAAAAGAGCAGUAGCAUGAGCGUCUCAUUUUCAUUUUUAUUAAAAGAGCGUAUCACUCGAACCCCCUUUGUAAAAUGAUCUCAGGCACAAUGUUUAAUAAAUAUUAUUAUCUCUGGUACCAUGCAUUAAAUUCUGAAUUGAUCAGUCAAUUAUAUGAUAUGAACAAAUUAAGUCUUGUAAUAGUUAUGAAAUCUUAACUGUUAUAAAUAUGAUAAGUCAAAGUUGGAAUAGUCA